AUGGCUCGCACCCGCUCAGCGUUGUUCCGCGGCGCGGCCGCCGCCGCCGGGCUUUGCUUGGCCCUCCACGCCGCUCGCACCUUCGUGGCGCCGCGGGGCGCUGGUGUGGAGCUCAACCAGGAGCUGCGCGGUGCGGCGCAGGCGGCGCCCACCCGGCCAGCAGCAGGUGCGGCUGCGCAGAGCCCUGCGCUGCCGGCAGCCGUGUCCCCAGGUGCCUUCUCGGGCUCCACGCUGGUGACGGCCGGGCUCUUCACCGCCCGCACCAUGGUGAGCGUCUGCGCUCAGGUGGCCCGCCACGCCAAGGCGCCCGUCAGCGAGUUCGGCGCCCCCAGCGGCGUCCGAAACUUUCAGGAGAUGGCUCUAGGAUUCACCACUGACAUUGCCAAGAACAACUUGGGCGAGUCCUUCUACCGCCCCUGGGUGCCCUUUGUCACGACCAUCUUCCUCUUCAUCUUUGUGAGCAACUGGUCCGGUGCCCUGAUCCCCUGGAAGCUCUUUGAGAUCCCGGCAGGCGAGCUGGCAGCCCCCACCAACAACAUCAACACCACCGUGGCCCUCAGCCUCCUCACCUCCCUGGCCUACUUCGGAGGUGGACUGGCAAAGAAGGGCCUCGGCUAUUUCGCCCGCUAUGUGAAGCCGACCCCGAUCCUGCUGCCCAUCAACAUCUUGGAGGACUUCACGAAGCCGCUGUCCUUGAGCUUCCGACUCUUCGGAAACGUCGUUGCGGAUGAGCUGACGGUAGGGGUGCUGUGCUUCUUGGUGCCCUUUAUCAUUCCUCUGCCCAUCAUGGGUCUUGGCCUGUUCGCAGGCUCCAUCCAG